UUUAUAUUUGUUCUAUUAUGAAUGAAAAUAACUACAUAUGUUUUUUACAAAUUCUCUAUAUAAACAUCAUUGAGCUUCCGAAAAGGUAUCAGUUAAGUUUUCAAUUGUUUAACAUCAUGAACUUCAACAAAUACUUAGCUUUUUUGGCCAUUUUGAUCUUGUGUGUUUUGGGUCAACAAGCUGCUGAAGCCCAUCAUCAUCAUCUUUUCGGAAAUAUUGGUCAUGAAUUGGACAAGGGAGUAAAACAGAUAGAAAAAGUUACCGAAGAUGUUACUAGUGUUUCUGGUGAUAUUCAAACAGUUGCCGGUGGAAUUGAGAAAGCAACGAAGGUAGUUGAGGCUGGUUCUCUUGCCGGUGCUGUUGCAGCAGCUGCCGCCUAGAUUAAAGAACUAAGUGAUUGUAUCUGUUUAGUUCAUAUAUUAAUAUAAAUAUAAAAUAAAAAUACUGUAGCGUUAUCAA